AUGGACAGAGGACAAAAAAGGGAUUUGGCCUCGGGAGACAUGGGGGACUUGGCCCCUGGAGAGGUGGGGGACUUGGCCCCAGGAGAGGUGGGGGACUUGGCCCCAGGAGAGGUGGGGGACUUGGCCCCAGGAGAGGUGGGGGACUUGGCCCCAGGAGAGGUGGGGGACUUGGCCCCAGGAGAGGUGGGGGACUUGGCCCCAGGAGAGGUGGGGGACUUGGCCCCAGGAGAGAUGGAUGAUGUUGUUUAUGAUAACCAGUACCUUGAAGUCAGGCAAACUUUGCAGAGGGCACUGACCUGCUCCACAUCUGACCUUCAGUCAGACGAGGAGCAUGCUGGACCAAGAAAGAGGAAGCGUAAAACAAAGAUGGAGGCAUGGAUUAGAGGCACCAACAUGGAACUGAAGCAGCAAGUGAUCAAAAAGCUUUCAGCAAUCGGUGGGCAAGACCACAAAAAAGUCACGUGGAAUAUCCUGGCCUGCAUUUUCAACGACAGCUGUGCCCAGAAAAUCAGCUGGAAAGGGGUUCAUGGCAAAAUACCAUUCAAAAGUAUGGCCUUGAAGACUCUCAUUUUGGAAGCUGUAAAAAGGAAUAAUCUCUGCCGCACAAUCACGGACGUGGAGAUUUUCUUCUCGUUGGCAGUAUUGCACAUCAUGAAGAUGGAACAUGAUUCAUCUUCUUGGUGA